UAACACUGGUGUCAUGCAUCUUGUAAGCUUAAGGAAAAUGUUUAUUAAAGGUUAUUUUUAGUAUCAUUUUAUGCAACUGAUUACACCACAGAGCUUACAUUUAAAAACACCUCCUUGUCAACAAGUCGGUACAUAUUGCCAGCCCUCGAGCUGACUAGAAGACUACGAGAGCAGAGUCUUUGAUAAAGUGACAUGCAGGAGUGGUCAUGGACCAGGUCACCUUCAGAAGUGACACUGUUCUGUCCGAUGUACACCUGCUGUUACCAAAUGCUUGCCAUCUCAUGAAGAGGCUCAAUGGUGUUGGACAACCAGUUUUUAUUUCAAAAUUCAGGAUUCUGCAGACAUGUGAUGAGAAGGAUUCAAGCGAUGGUUCUCCUGUCCGUGAGCGUGAGACAUUUGAGAGCUCCGAUGCCUUGGAUGUCCCUCUGGAUGCAGAUGGGGAUCUGGAUGUCGUGAGGAGGCCCAGAAACGCCACCUGCCACAGGGACCCGGUGUGUCCAGUUAUUCUCAGCCAAUCUUCAGCCACGCUGACCGAUCAAGAUGAAGAUUCUGAGGAAGAAGAUGGUGGCCGUGACAUCAUCAAGAUUGAACACACCAUGGCGACUCCUCUGGAGGAUGUCGGGAAACAGAUCUGGCGGGGAGCAUUCCUACUGGCCGAUUUUAUCCUGGCACAACCGAACAUGUUCAAAGAAGCCACUGUCCUCGAGCUUGGAGCAGGAACAGGAUUGGCUAGCAUUGUCAUGGCUAUGGUGGCCAAAACGGUGUACUGCACAGAUGUUGGUGUGGACCUCCUAAGCAUGUGUCAGAGAAAUGUGAAUUUGAACAAGCAGCACUUUGAAUCCCAGGAGAGCGAAAUAAAGGUGCGGCAGCUAGACUGGAUAGCGGACGAUUUCUGCACAGAUCCAGAUUUGGAGUUCUGCUGGACUGAGGCGGAGAUAGCAGACUUGCAUGAUAAUACCGCUUUUGUGAUCGCGGCAGAUGUGUGUUAUGAUGAUGAUCUUACAGACGGCCUGUUCAAAACGCUAUACAGAAUAACCAGCCACAUGCGACGCUCUAGCACAAUCUACCUCUCCCUAGAAAAGAGAUUGAACUUCACAUUACGACACAUGGACGUGUCAUGUGAGGCGUAUGAUCACUUCCGUCACUGCCUAGACCAGUUAGAGAUGAUGACAGAUGGAAAGAUGAAUUUUACUGUGGAGCUGGUGAAGAGCUCUUUUCCUCAGUUCUUUCAGUAUGAGAGAGUGGAACAGCUGGAACUUUGGAAGGUGACUGCUGAACAACUUUAAUGCAUAUAUAACAGAAUAGCCAAUUUUCUUUUAGAAGUUUUAUUUUAGCACUGAAGAUUGAAUAUGUUUGCAUAAUGUGCUUGUCUGGGUAUUUAAGAUUUUACUUGUCUAAUUUAAGGUCCUCAGUUUGAAAAAUAAAAUAAAAUGCAAUAAAAUAAAUAUCAUUAAAACCUAAAAUAGGAUGGGAAAUCCUUUUUUGAUGUGAAUGUUGGUGCCUAUACACACUUUACUGUCACCAACUUUUUUAGCAAUAAGUUAGAGUUGUUUGCUAUUAGUUUGUCAGAUCAUCACUGGAAGAGAGUUUUGGGUGAAUAAGUUUCAUUCUUAUGUUUUUUUUAUUAUUAUUUAUUGUCAUUAAGGUAAUGCAAUAUUACUGAUACCAAAAUGGUGUCAGCGAUAAAUUUGAUGAUACAUCAGAAAGAUCCCAUGUCAAAUGGAUUUCUUAAAUUUAUGCCCCAAACUGUAAGUUGUAUUGAAUAUUACAUUUGCAUGUAAUAAAUUAUAUAAACAAUA